AUGGAAACCUCACCUUCAUCAACUUGUUUGCAGUAUCAGUAUAGGUCUAUCAGCUUGCCCUCUAGACUACACCCCCAAAAUACCAAAGUUGAAGCUGAACUAACCAAGCUUAAGACCUGGCAAAGUUCUAUAGUUUCGUCCACGGCUCCGACAAGCGGGGAGACUAUUAGAACGGGCUUGGUUGGGCUCGCGGAGUUGUACAAUUGUGUCGAAGAACUCAUCAACUCUCCGAUCACCCAACAAGCCCUUGUCCAACAUGGGAAGGGAGUACUAGCGGAAGAAGCUCUGGAGGGGUCCAUCCGGUUGCUUGAUUCGUGCAACGUGGCACGAGACUUAUUCUUGAUGGUGAAGCAAAAUGUGCAAGAUCUUCAGUCAGUUUUGAGAAGAAAGGGUGGAGAUUUAGCCAUUGAAAAGAACAUCAACACCUAUAAUUCCACCAAAAAGAGAGUGAAGAAGGAAUCGGCGAAAUGCCUCAAGGCACUGAAGAAAAUGGAAAACCAAAUCGAGUCGCGUUCUCUCUCUGGUGUGAAUUACCAUUUAUCAAACGUAAUAAGAGUGUUCAGAGAAGUUAUUAUCGUUACGAUCUCUGUCCUUCGAUUACUCUUCUUGUUCUUGUCUAUGCCAGCAGAUUCAACGACAAGAUCGGGUGGAUGGUCAUUGAUCAAGAAGUUAGUGGUUUCAAGGCCAAGAGGGGACAAGAUUGUCAAUGAGUUUGGGCGUGUUGAUGUUGCUUUGCAAUCAAUGCAUGGAUGCAUUCGCAACGACGACAUUCCGAAUAUCGAUGUUCAAAUAACACGAAGGAGAUUAGAAGCCCUUGGGGAUAGCAUGGAAGGACUCGAAAGCGGAUUAGAUUGUCUGUAUAGGAAAUUAAUCCAGAAUCGAGUUUCCCUUCUUAACGUUUUAGCUCAAUAG